AUGGCCGCCGCCAGCCAGGGACAUCCAUGUUCCAAACAUAUCGACCUCUACGGGAAUGUUUACGAAGUGCCCGAAUUCACCAUGAAACAGAUCUACGCCGCCAUCCCAACUCAUUGCUUUCGUCCAUCCACCGCUCGCGGUCUGGGAUAUGUAGCGCGGGACCUUGUCCUACUCGGUAGCCUGGCCUGGAUAACAUACACCUAUACACCUGUGCUUCCGAGUAUUGCCCUUCGCACGAUGGUAUACACCCUCUAUACCGUGAUUGCUGGGAUGGUCAUGACAGGUAUCUGGAUUCUCGCCCACGAAUGCGGCCACGGCGCCUUUUCCCCCUCGAGAAGAACCAACAACCUUGUCGGGUUCGUCUUGCAUUCGUUCCUGCUAGUCCCGUACUACAGCUGGAAGAUCACCCACUCUCAUCAUCACAAAGCAACGGGCGACCUGCAACGGGAUAGCGUUUACGUUCCGCACAGUCGAGAAUACUUCAUCAAAUCCACCUUUGGCCAAGACGCCGAUUCCCACAGCUUCACCGAGCUGACCGAAGACGCCCCUAUCGUCACACUCUGGCACUGCCUCCUGUUCCAGAUCUUCGGCUGGCCCCUAUACAUGCUCGACAACCUGAGCGGGCAGAAAGGUGCAACCGGAUUCCCCCAGCACAGCCAUUACUGGUUUGGUCCCGACAGCGGGCUAUACAAGGAGUCGGAGCUGUUCUCCGUCUUCCUGAGCGAUCUCGGUGUGGCCGCCACGUGCAUUGGACUAUUUCUCGCAGCACAGGUUUUCUCCGUGUGGACGGUUCUCGUCUUCUACGGGAUUCCGUAUUUAUGGCUGAAUCAGUGGGUCGUCGUCAUCACCUACCUCCAACACACAGACCCCACCCUCCCCCAUUUCACUCACUCGACCUGGACCUUUGCCCGCGGCGCCUCCGCAACCAUCGAUCGCAGCUUCUGCCUGGGGCCCCUUGAUAUUGACAAACAUCUCUUCCACGGAAUCGUCGGCACCCAUGUCCUACACCACCUCUGCUCCUCCAUCCCCUUCUACCAUGCCUAUGAGGCGACGGAUGGGGUGCGCGCCGUUAUGGGCAAGCAUUACCGCGAAGAUCGGGACACGCCGCUGAUGAAGGCGCUAUUUCGCAACGUUAGGGAUUGCCAGUUUGUCGAGGAGAGUGCGGGGGUGGAGGGGAGCGGAGUUUUCUUCUUUCGGAAUCUGCAUGGACGAGGUGUCAGGCCUAGAGAUGUGGCUUCGGGGGAGGGGAUGAGUGUUUGGGACGGGCAUUUGCCGGCUUCCUGUGAACUGAAUAUAAAGAAGCCGAAGGAGGUGGAGAGGGAGCGAUGGGGUUGGAGGGAUUUGAUGAAACUUGUUUGGUGA